AUGAAGGCCUUGCAGUGCCACUUCACCUGGGAUCUAGAACCUACCAAGUACAAAUUGAACUAUCUCAGGGAUGCACUGGAGGACAUCGCCACAGAUGAGGGAAACGUCUGGCUGGGUCACAUCUACAACCUGCAGGGGUUCAUCCAGUACAUGCUGGGUUCCUCUGAAGAGGCCCUGAAGUUCUUCAGACGAGCCACUGAGACCUUCCAGCGCCUUAAAAACUCUGAUGAAGGCCCCUGGUUGAUGGUGAACUUUGGGAAUCUGGCUUGGCUGCACCAUGUUAUGGGUGAAGAUGAGAAGAGUCAUGAUUACCUGUCAAAGGUUGAAGCUCUAAUGAGAGAAUACCCAGCUCCACCUGAGGAAGAGCUCUACUCAGAGGUCUGUGCUGAGAAGGCCUGGACCCUGAUGAAGUUUGACAAAGAGAAGAAGCUGCAGGCUGCAGAGCUCUUCCAGAAAGCCGUGAGGAUGCAGCCAGAUAAUCUGGAAUGGCAGACCAAAUGGGUCAUAUUAUUAGCAGAUCGCUUCCUAGACAACAUGGAAGACAUGCCUCCUGAUGUCUUGGAAAAAGUGAAAUCUGCCUCUGAACGAGAUCCAGACAACUUAUAUGUUGCUGCUCUUUAUCUGAGGGCACAAGCUACAAAAGGAGUACAAAUUCAGGAUGAAGCUAAAAGAUUGGCUAAAAGGUUCCUAGAAAGAUCUCCAAGCAGUUACAAUGGCUUCAGCCACUUAAGGCGACUGUACAUUGAGUAUAUGUCUAAGGAUGAAGCUAUUAAGUUUGCCGAUGAGAUCCUGAAGAGAUAUCCUGACAGUGAUCAUGCAAAGGGAUUUGCUGCCAUCUGCUACAAAGAUAAUGUCCUUUCUCCAGACUUCACAACCAGUAGUCAAAGCGGCAUCGUCACACGAGCCACUAGUCUCUGGGAGGAGAAGAUUGGUCUCUAUGGUGAAUCUAAUCUUAAAGAUCAAAUAACUCUAGCUGAUUUAUAUGCAAAGGUGGAUAAAGAGAAAGCUGAACAGAUUUAUAGUGAGAUGCUGAAUAGAAAACACCUGGAUUCAGCAGAGAAACAGAUGCUUUAUAAUUGUUAUGCAAGCUAUUCAUUCUUCAAUAGAAAUGAUAGUUUCAGGGCUAUUGAGUACCGCAUGAUGGCAGCAGAGAUUCAAGAAGAAUCCAGGUAUCGACAGAAACGCAUUACAGAGCUAAAGAGGACCUUGUACAGAAUCAAAGACCGUGAAAUUUGUUCUAAAAUUACAAAGCUUCUGACCAGCCUGGAAAACCAGCCUGAAACAAAGAAUCGGUGCAUAGUAGAAAAGCACUCUGAGAGCGCAGACCUCCACAAGCAUACAGACAAGCAACAAACAGCUGAAGAAGACAUUGAAAAUAAGCAAAGACCCUAAAAUAUGUGAGAAGAUCACGGACAUUCUGACCAGCCUGGCACACAGAAUCAAUGAAUAUUAAAGAGAUCUCAAAGAAAGAUUCUGCAGAGUUCUGGUUCUGCAGAGUUCUGCCCCAGGCUCAGUGAAUAUAAAGACCUGUUUAUUAAAUCAGAAUUUAAUAAAGAAUAAGUUCAUAGCUGGUUUAUAAGGAUUUAUCUUACAAAAAGUAUCUUUAAUGUGAAAGAUAAGACAAUCAAAUUUACAGAAUAGGGUUGUAGAUUGUAACCACACUUUUUAGAUGGUUUAAGAUAUUGAAAUUAAUUUACCAUAAUAAUUGUAUCACUUUUUACAUAAUUGAAAGUUUAAUCAGAUCAUUUCUGAUAUGAAUUAAGAAUGUGUAGAAAUCAGCAGAUUGGAGAGGACUGAGUGACGAGCAAUACAGAAGGCGGCUUGUUGACAUAUGAGGCACAGCAGCUGCAAAUGUUUGUCUUGUGAAGAAAAUCAUACAGAAAAAAGACUUUUUAAGAUAAAGCAGAAAGAAGAAGAAUUUUGACAUAUAUCUGACAAUUAUCUCAUGUUAAUGUAGCUUCAAAAUAUUGGGGGAUACCUAAUUAUAGCUUUGAAGAUUUUUCAAGUAGAGAAAGUUAAAAAAAUAUUUAGCGUAAAAAAUGUAUAGUAUGUAGCUCUAAGGGAGUUGAAUCAACGAUGAAAAGCUUCAGAUGAGGACUUUAACAUAACUUUCAAUUACACUGAAUUACCCCUUGCUCACACUGGCUCCGGUGCGGUUACCGAGCCGACGGAGACCGCAACUCCCGCACACCCCCUCUCACACCGCCCUUUUAACUACGGUGCGGUGC